AUGGAUUUAAUUGGUUCAGCAGUUCUGGGAAAUAACAGUAGCAGCAGCGAUAGCAGCAACAAUAACAAUAAUAGCAACAACAAUAACAACAAUAGUGACAACAUUAGCAACAGCGAUAGUAACAACAGUGAUAUCAGCAAUAACAGUAGCAAUAUUGCUAAUAGCAGUAUUAUGUCCGAUAUUCAGGAAGAUAACAAAAGCACCGGAUCAGUGAAAUCCGAGCCUACACCAGUAAUUGAUGAGUUGGCAACCGUAUCACCGUCUUCAUCAACCGUCGAACAGCCUAGUACCACUCCCGAGUCAAGGAUUCGAAUUGCCGCAAGUCCGGGCGUUAAUAGCAAAUCGAUUACUGAUCCAUCACUAGCGACGAUGGAAAAAGCUGAACGGCCAAGUUUAAGCUAUAAAGAUCUUAUCAUUGAGGCCAUUGAAAGUAGUCCCGAAAAACGGUUAAAACUGAAUGAAAUUUAUCAAGUGAUCCGUAUGACACAUCCAUAUUAUCGUUUACGACCGGAUCAGUGGGGUUGGCAAAAUUCGAUACGUCAUAAUUUGAGUUUGCAUGAUUGCUUCGUUAAGUUACCUCUAAAACAAACAUCUGCUAGCGGUGUUGUUGGUCAUUUCUGGACUGUUGUACCAGAGCUAGGUGAUAAACAAACGUUACGACGACGUAACCGAGUGACAAAUCGCUCAGGCGCUCGUGCCGCAUCAGCAAGCGCAGCUGCAGCAGGUGGCCAAUUUAAUGGUCGUUUAUCGUCUAUUGAUGGUACCGCGAAUGGUAUCCUGAAUUGUGCAGUAGGAGCUGAUACUAACGGAUUCACGGAUGGAAGUGGAAUAAUUAGUGACGACAGCGGAAGUACAAGUCCUGCUCAUUGUUCAUUUGAUGGUACUUAUAGUAGUAGUAAUGAAUUCCGAGCUAGUGUUACUGAUUCAUUGUUGAUCUCGACACAAUCAGUUUUUAAACCACAGCCAUCGUACACUUCGACACUGAGCCAUCAUUUGUCGAAACCAACUUUAGCAGAAGUAGAAGCAGCAGCAGCUAUUUUAGGUACUUCUGGAUCAAAUAAUAAUAAUACCAAUCAAAAUCCACUACUUACAUUAUCUACGCCGACAAGUUCGGCAGCAUUUGUAGGUGCUGCCUUCGAUUCAUCAUCUUUUACAAGCGACGACUAUAAAUGUUAUACGCAGAAUCUGCUGAAUGCUUAUUUUUACCAACAGGGCCUACUAACAUCACUGCAGCAGCUGGCGGAAGUUGCUAACCGAGUUAAUCCUAUCGCAGCUACGUUGCCGGCAUCAUUACUCGGUGCCAAAAUGCCGUUGCUAAACGGAUUACUCUCGAAUCCGGCACUUUUUUCCUCCCAAAUGCCGAUUGUCAGCGUUGCAACAGCUGCAGCCAUAAAAGCGGCAGCAUUUGGCGUAUCACCUUUGCUACCUCUGAGCCUAAGCGGUGCAGCAGCAACAACAGCAGCAACAACCAAUAAUCCGUUUCUGGAUUCAGAACACAUACCGGGAACUCCAAAGAUGUCUAUCUCACCAACAAGUACCCAGCAGCAACUCUCAUCUUCCGGCUCUCUGUCAUUCCCAAUUAAGAGCGAAGCCCAGUCAACAUUUAUGUUUUCCUAA